AUGGCGGACACUGCCUCGAAGCAUCGAGCUGAGUUUGCCUAUGCUCAGCUUGAGAACGAGAGAUCUCUAACAUCUCUUCGUGACGAGCUAAGGGUAGCUCGUGGGAUUGCUGAUCGGUCUCGGGAUGAGAUAGCUGCUCUUCAGACCCUUGUUGAUGCCCACCAUCGGGAGCACAAGGCUCUCUGCGAGAUGCUUGAGCGCAAGGGCGUUCUUCAUCGGAAGAAGCAGCGUACUGGUGGUACGGCUUAA